AUGGCGGCAGGGGACCCUGUCCCCUCCCCAUGUCCCCAGCCCCAGCACACACCGUGACGCUCACACGGUGACAGUGAGGCCCCUGCACUCCCCAGCACGCACUCACACCCGCCUCGUGGCACCCCAGGGUGCAGCACCCUGCACCCCAGCCCUGGCUCACGGCUCUCCCUGGGUCACCCCGAGACUGCAACUCCCCUGCGGCCGUAGGGCUGAACUCGGAGCUGGCCAGAACCACUGCAGCUAUGGGACACCCCGUGAGGGACUGGGGGGCACUUGGGGGGGCUGCCAGCUCCCAGAGCCACACACCCUGAUGCCAUGCACACACUGCAUAUGCAGCACCGCACAUGCAUGGCACACAUGCACUGCACACGCUGUACGUGCAACACUCACUGCACUGCGCAUGCUGCCUGCACAGCCCCUGAGCGUGCACUGUGCAUGCUGCACCUGCAACACACUGCAAAUCCUGUUCACUGCGCACACUGCAUGCACAGCGCUGCACAUGCAUGGCACACAGCCCCUGCACAUGCACUGCACACGCUGCACAUGCAACACCCUCUGCGAACCCUGUGCGCUCUGCAUACUGCACACACAGCCUGCGGUGUGCACUGCCUGCGUGACACAUGCUGCAUCCAAGGCACCGCACAUGCAGCACUCCCAGAGCACACGCUCUGAGCAUGCUGCAGGGCCAGCAGGCGCAGCACCAACAGGCACUGGGCACCCUUUGCAGGCUGGGUGCACUGCGCGUACUGCAUAAAUAGACACUGCAUGCCCUGCACACCUGCAUGCACUGUGCACGCUGCUCUGUGUGUGCACUUUAUUGACACUCCACAAACACUGCAUGCCCUGCAUCCCCACAGAUUCACACCAUGCCUACACAUUGUGCAGGCCCUGCAUACGUUGCAUGCCCUGCAUUCCUCUCACACACACUGAGCUGUGCACACUGCGCAUGCACUGCGCACACACACUGCACCCUGCAUGCUGCAGGUGCAGGCAUUGCAUUGCACACACUGCAUGCACGGCACACAGACACUGCACCUGCACUGCACAUCACGGGCAUGAGGCACAAACUGCCCUGCACGCACACACGCACACAGAGACUGUGCACAUGCCCACACUGUGCACACACUCACACUGUGCACAGUCACACCCAGACUGCACAUGCUGCACACACACACUGUGCACACACCCACACUGAGCACACGCACACACACCCAUCCGCUCACGCUGCACACACACCCCACACACGCCACAGAUCCUGCACGCGUGCACACGCGCUGCUCACACAUGCACACUGCACGCAUACACUGCAUGCACGCACGUUGCACAUACACGCAAAACACACAUGGGUAUGCACAAAGUACACAAGGACAUGUUUCCUGUGUUCCACGCUGUGCUCGGCACACCCUCCACGGCCUCCUGCGUGCACCCACAGCGCACCCCAACACCCCACUUCUGCCCAGGCAGAAAGGACGCAUGCUGUGCACACCCCAUGCGUGCACAGGCACCUGCCUGCUGCAGACGCACUGCUCACACCCACAGUGUCCACUGCACGCAGAGCCAUGCACCCUGCACAGACGCUCGACAUGCACAGCCUGAGCAACACCCAAUGCCCCCCUCCACAUGCCGCCCAAUUGGGACCCCCAUUUCUGCCCUCAGCAUCAACUGAUGCUCCCUUAUACCCCCACAUCCACUGGGGCAUCAGCCCAAUUGUUCCUGGCAGCCCUGGGUGAUGCAUCCCUUUACCCUUGGCAGCAGCACCCCAGAAUUACCGCUUUCUGCCCUGUUUCUGUGUUUGCCUGCAUCCUCACAGUGGAACGGGACCCUUAAUCCCCAGCAAAUACUGCGGGAAGACUUCAGAUGCGGAUAAAAAGCUUAAAGAUGAAACAUUGUGAUGGUUGAAAACGCUUUUAAGCCCACAGAACGAACAUUAUCAGCUGGGGACACUGCUGGCUCCUCUGGCCAUGCCUGGGACCAACACAAGGUCCUCCCAUGGCUCAGGAUCCCCGUUAGCUCAUAGUGCGUGGGGAAGAGGGGGUGGAGUAGAGGAGCUGGGCUGGAGGGAGGGAGCUGACCCAGGAGGUCAGGUUGGCUCUCAGUGAUGGCACUUUCAUAAAAUCCUCCUAUUUGGGUACACUUUGACUUCAGCCUCAGGUGGGUGCAUUGGCCUGGUUGCAUCCAACCAUGGAGCCAAGCAUGGAGUGCCCAGUGUGCCCAUCUCUGUGACCCCAGUCCCUGGGACACGGAGCCCCUGGGAUAACUCUGUGACAGAAGAAAGGAUUACUUCUUUGCGUAACCCAUUUCAGGACCUUCCCAUCCUCCCAUCCGUCCAUCCACUUGUCCGUCCGCCCCAGCAUGGAGUUUCACAGGGGGUCUGGUGUCCACACACCCCAGCUAACCCCUGUGGUCCCCUCGCAGGUGCCACCAUGUUCCUGAAUAAGUGUGAGGGGGAUCUGGGGGAGCUGCGGAAGCCUGGGGACAGUGAAAGCACCUCACCAGCUGCUGCUGAGGAGGAACAGCCCAAGAAGAAGCACCGGAGGAACCGCACCACCUUCACCACCUACCAGCUGCAUGAGCUGGAGCGAGCCUUCGAGAAGUCCCACUACCCCGAUGUCUACAGCCGCGAGGAGCUGGCCAUGAAGGUCAACCUGCCAGAGGUCCGCGUGCAGGUCUGGUUCCAGAACCGAAGAGCCAAGUGGAGGCGGCAGGAGAAGAUGGAGGCAAGCUCCAUGAAGCUCCACGACACCCCUGUGCUCUCCUUCAACCGGCCCCCCAUGGCCACCAAUGUGGGGCCCAUGAGCAACUCCCUCCCGCUUGACCCAUGGUUGACAUCCCCCAUCUCCAGUGCCACCACAGUCCACAGCAUCCCCGGCUUCAUGGGAGCCCCCCAGGCCCUGCAGCCCCCCUACGGUGGGCACUCCUUCCUCAACACCCCCCCACCGAUGACGCAGGGCAUGCAGCCCAUGGCCCCUGCAGCCUACCAGUGCGGCACUACCUUUGUGGACAAGUACCCUCUGGAGGAGGUGGACCAGAGGAGCUCCAGCAUCGCCUCCCUCCGCAUGAAAGCCAAGGAGCACAUUCAGACCAUUGACAAGACCUGGCAGCCCAUUUGAUGAACGCUCCCCUCUAGCCAUGCCAGCCCCUGGCUCCUGCUUCCAGCCCCGGGGCAGGAAGUGGGUGUGACAGUGGGAUGUUUGGCAGGACUGAAGCCGGUGUAGGACAGGGAUGCCGGGUUGCAUCCUUCCCUUCCGGGCUGGCACUAUCGGUGGCACAGGACCCAGGGCACUGGUGGGACCCCAUGGCAGGCGAGCACCCUAGCAGGCACCUGCACCCUCUGCCUUGCCGAGACCGAGGAUCCGGCCGAGGAUCAGGCACCCAGCCAUGCCACUGGGCCACCCACCGCCCCAGUUGGACACCACCUUUCCCCACAAUCCUUCCCAUUAUUAUUAUUUUUUUUUAAUGCUGCAGAUUUAAAGAGAACUGGACAGAAAAGCACUAGUUUCCUAGGGAGUAUGUGGGGGGAUGAUUUAGCUGCGUUGGGGUGCAACACCGGUUGUGCCGGUAGAUGUGCCGACGCUGAGAAGGUGGUUGUAUCAUCAG